GCCAGUUCAGCCAGCCCCCUCCCAGCAGGGGCCCUCCCUGUCCCCCAGGAAAUAAACUGCAGAUAAGUCAGGGAGGGGACAGAGCGGUCAUAGGCGCGCCACGGAGAGGAGCGAGGCGGCGGAGGCACCAUGGGCUGGCAAGACCACAGGUCAGCCACCGAGCUCCGCAAGGAAAAGUCCCGGGAUGCGGCCCGCAGCCGGCGCAGCCAGGAGACCGAGGUGCUGUACCAGCUGGCGCACACGCUACCCUUCGCACGUGGCGUCAGCGCCCACCUGGACAAGGCCUCUAUCAUGCGCCUCACCAUCAGCUACCUGCGCAUGCACCGCCUCUGCGCCUCAGGGGAGUGGAACCAGGUGGGAGCAGGGGGAGAACCACUGGAUGCCUGCUACCUGAAGGCCCUGGAGGGCUUCGUCAUGGUGCUCACCGCCGAGGGAGACAUGGCUUACCUGUCGGAGAAUGUCAGCAAGCACCUGGGCCUCAGUCAGCUGGAGCUCAUUGGACACAGCAUCUUUGAUUUCAUCCACCCCUGUGACCAAGAGGAGCUUCAGGACGCCCUGACCCCCCAGCAGACCCUGUCCAGGAGGAAGGCGGAGGCCCCCCCAACGGAACGGUGCUUCUCCUUGCGCAUGAAGAGUACACUCACCAGCCGUGGGCGCACCCUCAACCUCAAAGCAGCUACCUGGAAGGUGCUACACUGCUCUGGACAUAUGAGGGCCUACAAGCCCCCUGCACAGACUUCUCCAGCUGGGAGCCCCAGCUCAGAGCCUCCCCUUCAGUGUCUAGUGCUCAUCUGCGAAGCCAUCCCCCACCCAGGCAGCCUGGAGCCCCCACUGGGCCGGGGGGCCUUCCUCAGCCGCCACAGCCUGGACAUGAAGUUCACCUACUGUGAUGACAGGAUCGCAGAAGUGGCUGGCUAUAGUCCUGAUGACCUGAUUGGCUGUUCUGCCUACGAGUACAUCCACGCGCUGGACUUCGAUGCAGUCAGCAAGAGCAUCCACACAUUGCUGAGCAAGGGCCAGGCAGUAACAGGGCAGUACCGAUUCCUGGCCCGGAGCGGUGGCUACCUGUGGACCCAGACGCAGGCCACAGUGGUGUCAGGGGGCCGGGGCUCCCAGUCGGAGAGUAUCAUCUGUGUCCAUUUUUUAAUUAGCCGGGUAGAAGAGACCGGAGUGGUGCUGUCCCUGGAGCAAACGGAGCAACAUUCUCGCAGACCCAUUCAGCGGGGCAGCCCCUCUCAGAAGGACGCUUCUAACUCUGGGGGCAGCCUUGAUGCUCCUGGCCCCCGGAUCCUCGCCUUCCUGCACCCCCCUUCCAUGAGCGAGGCUGCCCUGGCCGCUGACCCCCGCCGUUUCUGCAGCCCUGACCUCCGUCGCCUCCUGGGACCAAUCCUGGAUGGGGCUUCAGUAGCUGCCACCCCCAGCACCCCACCAGCCACACGGCGCCCCCGAAGUCCUCUUUCGGCUGAUCUCCCAGAUGAACUACCUGUGGGCACAGAGAAUGUGCACAGACUCUUCACUUCUGGGAAAGACACUGAGGCAGUGGAGACAGAUUUAGAUGUAGCUCAGGAUGCUGAUGCUCUGGAUUUGGAGAUGCUGGCCCCCUACAUCUCCAUGGAUGACGAUUUCCAGCUCAACGCCAGCGAACAGCUACCCAGGGCCUACCACAGACCUCUGGGGGCUGUCCCCCGGCCCCGUGCUCAGAGCUUCCAUGGCCUGUCGCCUCCAGCCUUUGAGCCCUCCCUGCUGCCCCGCUGGGGGAGUGACCCCCGGCUGAGCUGCUCCAGCCCUUCCAGAGGGAACCCCUCCGCAUCCUCUCUCAUGGCUGGGGCUCGGAAGAGGACCCUGGCCCAGAGCUCAGAAGGCGAGGAUGAGGGAGUGGAGCUGCUGGGAGUGCGACCUCCCAAAAGAUGCCCCAGCCCAGAACCUGGAAACUUUCUGCUGUUUCCCCUCAGCCUGAGUUUCCUUCUGACAGGAGGACCAGCCCCAGGGAGCCUGCAGGACCCCAGCACCCCGCUCCUGGACCUGAAUGAGCCCCUGGGCCUGGGCCCCUCACUGCUCUCUCCAUACUCAGACGGGGACACCGACCAGCCCCGGGGCCACUUCCAGCCAGCGGCAGGCUCGGGCCAGGCUGACUGAGCCAGCUCCUCUCCCCAUCUCCCUUCUUCUCCCCCAGAAAGGACCUCAACCACACUCCAAGCCGGCAGCCGACGCACAGGAUGGGGGCACCAGGAGAGGGCCCCUCUCUCCUCUAAGUGCCCCCCUGCCCACCUCGGGCCUACCUCAGCCCUCACCCCUCUGCCUGCUCCCAAUCUGGGGACUCUUUGGGGUGGUCUCAGCUCAGUGACCUCUGGGAGGGGGUCCCUGCCUCCUCCUCCUCCUCUCAGGAUUUCUCUUGGGGUUCUCAAUACUUGGUUACCUCAUUAUCCCUUUCUCUGCCUCUUUUGGCUUUAUUUUGGGGAAUUAGGGGUGGGGAGGGUUAGGGGGUCGGGUCUGUGUUUCCAGGUUCUGGAGAGAACGAUGAUCCACAGGUCACCGUGAUCAUGUUUCCUUCUAUCCUUCUUGUAUUUUUUUUUAUUUUUGUCUAUUUCAUAAUAUGGUUUUUAAUCACAAUGAAUUGCCUGGGGUCUGUAAGAAUGUGGGACUCUGAUCUUUCCCCCCCCCUCAGGUGUCAGUGGGGGCAGGCUCUGGGCUAGACCUUACCCCCAGCAACUUCCCAUUGAGGCCAAAGCCCCCUACGCUGCCCGUCAGCUCUGCCUGCCCCUUCCGUUCUGGGCUUCCUGCUGCCCCAGCUUUGCCUGGACACUGACUUCAUUCAUAGUUCUCCCACUUCAUCUGCUUCCAAACUAUGCAACCUGCAACGUGCUCCCGUUCUGUCCUCUAUAACCUCUGAUCUACACUGGUUCUGGACCACACAACCUCCAGCAUGGUCUGGUUUAGACCUCACCUUCUUCUUCUUCUUUUUUUUUUGAGAUGGAAUCUUGCUCUGUCGCCCAGGCUGGAGUGCAGUGGUGUGAUUUCAGCUUACUGCAGUCUCCUGGGUUCAAGUAAUUCUCCUGCCUCAGCCUCCCAAAUAGCCGGGACUACAGGUGCAUGCCACCACGCCUGACUAAUUUUUGUAUUUUAAGUCGAGAGGGGAUUUCACUUGUUGUCCAGGCUGGUCUUGAACUCCUGACUGCAAAUGAUUUACCUGCCUUGGCCUCCCAAAGUGCUGGGAAAACAGGCUCGAGCCACUGCACCUGGCUCUGACUUGAUCUUGUAAUAACCAGUUCUAGAACCAGAUCAUGCUCUAGUUCUCCUAGAUUCUGAACCUAUGACCUGCUCCACUCACUAGUUCUGGACUGAACAACUUCUAGACCUUGCUGCCUCUGGGGCCCUCUGAUUCAGCAUCUGGUGAUCUGCUAUUUCUCUGGUUCUAGAACUGACUUACAAGUGUCUUCUGACUCUAGACUUCAUCCCAUAAAUUCUCUUGGCUCUAGACUUCAUAAUUUCUAGACUCCUCUUUACUCAAGAUCUGACUCCAAAUUACCUGGGGUCUAGAAUUCAGCCUUCAAUAUCUUCUAAAAGCAGACUUUGCCUUAUACAUUUCCCUGGUUUUAGAUAUUACAACCCUCAACUCCUGAUUCUAGAUCUUAUGGCUUCCGAAUCUCUCUGGUUCUAAAACUCAGACUUUAGGCUUUUUAUUUUUUCUUUUUUUAUUUAAAAAAAUAGAGAUGGGGUUUUGCCAUGUUGCCCAGGCUGGUCUCGAACUCCUGAGCUCAAGCAGUUCUCCCUCCUUGGCCUCACCAAAGUGCUGGGACUUCAGGCAUGAACCACUGAGCACAGCCAGGCUUUUUCUAAUUCUAGACUUUAUUCUAUAAAUUCCUCUGCUUCUAAGCCUGACAGCUUCCAACUGCCUUUGAUUUCAGAUCCAAAUUCCUCUGGUUCUAUAAUUCAGCCUCCAAAUGCUUUUGAUUCUGGAAUCUAGACUUUGCCCUAUAGAGUCCUCUGGUUCUGAAUCUUAUAACCACAACUCUCUAAUUCCAAACCCCACCCUCCUAAAUAUAUUCUGAGCUUCCCCACCCACUGAGUUUACCCCAGUUUCAACCUUCAGUCUUAAGUCUUCCCAUUCCAGGCCCCUGCCCUCUAGGCUGUGCUGCUCCUGGACUUAACGCCUCUCCAUUCUCAUUGCCUACAAGUUCUGUGUCCUAGAACCCCCUCCACUUUCCACCUCAGCCCUCCAGACAUGCACUUACCUUGACUUUACCCCAGAUGUUUGGGGCACCUGGGGUUCCCUCACCCUUUGGGGAGCUUGCAAUCCAAAGACUUCUCCAGCUCCACAGGCACACGCACAGACACAGCACUGUCUGCAGAUUUCGGGUUGGGGAGAGAGGCCAGGACCCCUCAGCUCUCUGCCACCAUCUCUGUGCUUCCCUUACCCCACAGCUUUCUUUCUACAAAUAGUGCUGUUCUUGGUCUCCCACGGGAAAAUGCCUCCCCCUCUUAGCCCCAUUUACCCCCUUUUUGGAAGGUACUGCUCACUCUGUUUUGUCGGGGGUGGCCUGUCCAGAUUGGUGCCAUGGGGGGCCUGACCCCUCCCUCCCUCCCACAGGAGGUAAUGUGGGCCCUAAAUGGAGGGAAUUGUGCUGGGCUAGGGACUGGACCAGCCAUGCUGGCUCUGAAACUCACCAGUCUCUAUACCACCAUAAAGACCUCACCUUGGCAGGCACCAGA